AUUUUGAAAAUCCCGGCAGGAAGCAUGAGUGAUCCUGCGGUAGCUUGUCACAGCAGGUCAUAAAGCAGAGCCGAACAGAGCAGCAGCAGCGAAGCUCCUGGCCGGUCACAGGUUGAUAUCUGGGGACGAUCAGCAGGAGCCUUCAGUCAGUGUGUCUGGACCUCCACGACCUUUGACCUCUCCAAAUUUUUUCAGUUUCUAUUGAUUCGUGUGUGAUGGCUGACUGUCUGUCGGUUGACUUGGGAAUUUUGUUCAUUAUAGUGGUGACGGCAUCUUUAACCAAUGGUACGUUAUCUGUGAGCCAGAGGCAGGAUGUGUCAGCAGAGGUCAGCCUGAGCGACCCCGCGCAUCAGGUCGUCAUCCUCUCUGGUUCUGAAGCUCAGGACCGCCCUGCCCGUGACCCGCUGACUGCCAGGAGGGGGCGCACCAAGAGGUGCACGUGUUACACCUACAAAGACAAAGAAUGUGUGUACUACUGCCACCUGGACAUCAUCUGGAUCAACACACCAGAGCACACGGUCCCGUACGGCAUGGCCAGCUCCCCAGGCUCUUUGCGUACGAAGCGCUCCGUCCGGACGGCUCAGAGCAGCAGGAGCAGCAGGAGCAGCGGAGCCUCCAGGCGGUGUGCAUGCACGCUGCAUACUGACUCCGAGUGCAGCCGCUUCUGCACAAACAGGCAGAAGAGGAGACCCCCUGCUUACACCUAACGCAAAAAAGAGGACGCCCCCGUUCCGUAGAGGAGACAGGGAGUGGACUCUGAAAUGAACAGACCUAUCUUUAGUCUCUAAGUACGGGAGAAAAUCUGUUGUUGCCGUGUAGAUGAAAGGGUGAGGACAUGGGCAAAGAGGAAAAACCUGAAAGUGAGAGUUUCCAGCCGGGGUUUCUGUCCCUUCUGCCUCUCUCUGUCUCUCUCUGGCUGCACUGUGUCACAGCAGUGGAGUUUGGUUUAUCCACCUGUAACUGUGUUUCACACGGCUCAUCAUUCCAGGAUGUCGCAUGUAAUCUCUUUAUCUUAUGGAUGUGUGUGAAAGCAUGUGUGAUGUUUAUAAAGGGUGAAGAACAGGAGGAACGUCAGCAGCUCAUUUUCACUUAUAACCUGAGUUUGUUUUUUUUUUUUCAAUAAAAUGUAUUUUCAGGAGCCUUUAAGGUAUUUAGAACUGAACACACAUUAUGUACGUAUAAAAUGACAUAUGUUGUGAUUCCUGUUGACAUUGUCUGUCUCAGAGAACCCGGUUUUGUAAAGAACAGGUUGUCAUGGUGAUGUAUCCAUAUUAUCAUGAUCUUUCUCAUAGUCAGUGGUAACUGUUUCUCUCAAACGGGAGUGUCUAUUACUUUUCGUUAAGGGUCACGACUGAAAAAGUGAUUUGUUGACGAUACACUCCACACCAAAACAAUGCAAGGUGAGCUUGAAAACACACCUGAUUGCCUUUCACUCGACAGUGUGCAAGUGUUUCUGCAGUUUGCAGAAACUGCAGUUUCUGCAGUUUGUAAAUAAGAACUUCUUCUCAGUAGCUCACCUGGAUUAACAAAGGUUGAAUGAAACCGUCAGCGGAGAACAACUGGAGGAAACAUGGAAGACCAAAUAUGUCAAAUGUAUCACCACAUGUCUGGUCAGCACCACCAGAAGGUUAAAUCAGUUCCAUUUGGUGCUCGGUGGUUUUGUGUAUAUUCUAUUUAUUUUGUACUUUAACAGAUAGGCUUUGUAUUGUCUAUUAUUUUGCAUUAAAAACUGGACAAAUGAA